ACGAGCAGGAGGAGGAUUACCGCUACGAGGUGCUCACGGCCGAGCAGAUUCUGCAACACAUGGUGGAAUGUAUCCGGGAGGUCAACGAGGUCAUCCAGUGCAUAUUGGGUACUUCCAGAAGUAUGAAUUCAGUGAUGCAAAGGACAGGCGGGCUGCAGCAGCAAAGAAUCCAGCAACUAUCACAAGAAUACUCCUUAGCCACUUCAAUUGGGAUAAAGAGAAGCUAAUGGAAAGGUACUUUGAUGGAAACCUGGAGAAGCUCUUUGCUGAGUGUCAUGUAAUUAAUCCAAGUAAAAAGUCUCGAACACGCCAGAUGAAUACAAGGUCAUCAGCACAGGAUAUGCCUUGUCAGAUCUGCUACUUGAACUACCCUAACUCGUAUUUCACUGGCCUUGAAUGUGGACAUAAGUUUUGUAUGCAGUGCUGGAGUGAAUAUUUAACUACUAAGAUAAUGGAAGAAGGCAUGGGACAGACUAUUUCGUGUCCUGCUCAUGGUUGUGAUAUCUUAGUGGAUGACAACACAGUUAUGCGCCUCAUCACAGAUUCAAAAGUUAAAUUAAAGUAUCAGCAUUUAAUAACAAAUAGCUUUGUAGAGUGCAAUCGACUGUUAAAGUGGUGUCCUGCCCCAGAUUGCCACCAUGUUGUUAAAGUCCAAUAUCCUGAUGCUAAGCCUGUUCGCUGCAAAUGUGGGCGCCAGUUUUGCUUUAACUGUGGAGAAAAUUGGCAUGAUCCUGUUAAAUGUAAGUGGUUGAAGAAAUGGAUUAAAAAGUGUGAUGAUGACAGUGAAACCUCUAAUUGGAUUGCAGCCAACACAAAGGAAUGUCCCAAAUGCCAUGUCACAAUUGAAAAGGAUGGCGGUUGUAAUCACAUGGUCUGUCGUAACCAGAACUGUAAAGCAGAGUUUUGCUGGGUGUGUCUUGGCCCUUGGGAACCACAUGGAUCUGCCUGGUACAACUGUAACCGCUAUAACGAGGAUGACGCAAAGGCAGCAAGAGACGCACAGGAGCGAUCUAGGGCAGCUCUGCAGAGGUACCUGUUCUACUGCAAUCGCUAUAUGAACCACAUGCAGAGUCUACGCUUUGAGCACAAAUUGUACGCUCAGGUGAAGCAAAAAAUGGAAGAGAUGCAGCAGCAUAACAUGUCCUGGAUCGAGGUGCAGUUCCUGAAGAAAGCAGUUGAUGUCCUCUGCCAGUGUCGUGCCACACUCAUGUACACUUAUGUCUUCGCUUUCUACCUCAAAAAGAAUAACCAGUCCAUUAUCUUUGAGAAUAACCAAGCAGAUCUAGAGAAUGCCACAGAGGUGCUUUCGGGCUACCUUGAAAGAGAUAUUUCCCAAGAUUCUCUACAGGAUAUAAAGCAGAAGGUACAAGAUAAGUACAGAUACUGUGAGAGUCGACGAAGGGUUUUGUUACAGCAUGUGCAUGAAGGCUAUGAAAAAGAUCUGUGGGAGUACAUUGAGGACUGAGAAUGGCCCUGCAUAAAAUGAACUCUGAAAACUUUACCAUCUAGAGUGCUCAUGCAAUUAAAACAAACAAAACAAACACAAACAAGGAGGCACUAAGCCCAUUCUGACACUGCUGGUCUAUAGUACCAGAAUUCUGUUUGUUAACGGAAAAUUUAAGUAAAUUAUAUUGUAAUAAAAAAAGGUAGAUAAACCAUUGUACAACAGUAUUCUAGGCCGCCAACAAAAGUGUGGCAACCACACUGAAAGCCCUCCAACUUUAACUUGUAGCUUCAUUCUCAAAGCUGACUCGUUUUUUUUCUUUUUCUUUUCCCUGAGUAUAGUACAGUUAAAAUUUAAAACAGGUCCUUGACACUGCUUUUCAUGCCCAAACCAGCCAUUUUGUUGUACUUUGGUAAAGGACCUCUUCCCCUUCAUCCCCUACACAUACAAAUACACCUAUACACAGAGACUGACUCUUUCUCUCAUACCCCAAGGUAAUGAGUGAAUGAUGAUUAGUUCCUUGUAAAGAAAAUUCUUGGGGUGGGAAGGGGAUAGGCAGCAGGCGGAAUUAAAAAAAAACAACAAAAAAAAAACUUUGUAUAUGACUUUUAAAACAAGAGGACAACACAGUAUUUUUCAAAAUUGUAUAUAGCGCAUAUGCAUGGACAAAGCAAGCGUGGCACGUGUUUGCAUAAUGUUUAAUUACAAAAAAAUAUUUAUUCUUUAAAAAUCUUCCAAGAU